AUGAAUCUAUUGUUUGUCUUGAUUCUCGCGGGGUUUGCCACUACUAGCGUCUUUGGACAACCAAAAAUUUUGCUUACAGCCGUAACAACAACCACUGGCGCGUCAAAUCCAAGUGAUACGAAUACUCAUGUACCCAUCAAUAGCGCGAUUACAACCAGUGACUCAGAUGCCACGAUCGCCAUGAGCAAUACGAAGAAAGAUUCAGGAAUUGGCUUGUACACUUCAGGUGAGUCGAAGUCUUCAGAUAAAGACCCAAGCUCUGCAUCAACCUUGAGUCAACUUGUGGCGAUUGCUACUGUCUUGACUAUUAGCGUCUAUUUCUUGUAA